UGCUGCUAUAGUAACAGUCACAGGUUUAAUGGUAGUCAGGUGUCACUGGAUCUCAAGUCCACCAAAUAGGGAAGGACAAUGAGCAGAGUGCAGGACAAGACCACGUGGAAAAACAAAGCCAUUUCCACAGGCAGCGACAUGACUGCUAAUAGAACAGAUAAGGCUAAUGAGGAGGACCUGUGCGGCCGCGGGAGCUGGUGGCUGCAAACGCUCACAGACACGCCCAUCCCUGGCCUUUAUCACAUCCGGGAUUUCAUUGAGGAAGCUGAAUUGAACCCGGUGAGGAAGACUUAUGGCUUCAAAGGUGUGGGCAGGAAAACCCAAAUUCUGGGUGUGCGUCAGGGGGACCUACUCCUUCCGGGGGUGUACAACUACACCGAUUCCACCCAGGAGGCCCUAAUGCACCAGGCUUCAUAUGCUUUCAAAAACUGUCCACGGCCAGACAUCCUCACCCUGGGCAUCAGGGACAAGCAUCUGAACACUUCACCAUGUGAUUACAAUGUGACAGCAAAACCUGUGGAGAAGCAUCCCUGCACGCAUGCGACGUUUCGGUCCACCGUGCAGCGGAUCAGCUUUCUGCAUAAAGAAGGACCUGCUCCAGGCUGCUACAGUCCACAAUCCAGACCUGCAAAAGGGAUCACUUCCUGCUUCAAAUCAGCAGUGCCGCGGCUCCAGUAUGUGCAGUCAAAAACCCCCGGACCUGGAGCCUAUGAUCCUUACUGGAAGCUGGGUGACCACCGGAACACCGUCGCCAACACGUCAUUUAGCCUGUUGUUCCGCAACAUUCCAUAGUGUGGAAUGUAUUAAUUCCACAACCAUCUCAUGUUUUCAACUUGCACUCUGAUCACAUAUGAUCAGACCAUAUUCUAUAUUAUAAUGCAUGCAUGAGUAUGGCUUAGAUCACGCUAAAACCAGGGAGAGCUAACAUUUUCUGUUUGGCAUGCUCAUGUAUUCUGGGUCAACGAUGAACGCUGCAAAAACAUAAAGUUGAUAGGAC